UCGAAUAUAAUCGCGGCUUAUUAUCCGCUACGCUUCUUAUUCUCCUUUCGCCGCCGUACUCUAUCAUCGUCACGGUGGUGGUGGGAAGGAUUUAAGAGCCAGUGCUGUUAUCCUCGUGCGUUUAGAAGCUACGUCGAGCCCGCAAGACGGAGUUUUAGUCAAUUAUUUGAGAGCGACGCGCAAAAUGAACCGAAAUAUCUCUCUCCUCGCGGUGGUGCUGAUUCUGCUGGUAGCCAGCACGUGCGCUCUGCUGUUUUUUAAAAGCGGCAACUGCCCGCUAAAAAAUACCGUGAGCAAUUGCGGCACCAGAUGUACGACUGACUCGCAGUGUGUUCUGAAUCAGAAAUGCUGCCCGAACAAAUGCGGCCACAUGUCGUGCGCUGAGCCCAGCGUCAUCAGCACCGGCAGCGGAUACAAGGGGUCGAACCAACAAGCCGUUUACUGCAACGGAGUGAAAUGCGCUACGAGUGAAAAGUGCCUGUUCGACCGCAACACCAGACGCGAAAAGUGCACACGGGCCUAACUUCAUUCAUUACCAUAACCGGAUCUCUGUGUAAAUUUCUAUCGCCUCGCUCGUAAUCCCGCUGCAAACAUGUAAUGAUAUAUCGUUCUUUCGCCGGGCUUAUUCAACGAUUUUCAACGGUAGUGUCCUUAUCGUUACGUUGUCGUGUUGCGCAAUUCCGCAUACCGUACGGAUUGUAUCCGCGCAACGACAACGUGAUGGUAAGACAACGACGAUGUUAUUUGUCGUUAAAAGUUAAAUGACUAGGUCUACUUUUUUACCGACAACUGCCGAUUCAGUACGUGUCAUUACGCAGAUAUGGUCAUGUCAUAAAACAGUUGCAUUACCGUACAGUUGCGUGUCGCCGAAUCGAUAGUCGCCGGUAGAUGAUAUAUAGACACAAUAAAUGUACAAAACAGCAGCUAUAUGCUAUAUGUAUCUUGGUAAUGACGAAUCGCCGAUUAAGAGGCUCGACUGUACAUUUUGGCGCUUUCGUUCCGCGACCGAACGUCGAGCCCGUCGACGUCAUUAAGCUUAGCGUAGCUAAGCUAUUAGCGAGCUCAUUAUCGCAAUCUGAUUGAGGAUCAACUUUAGCGUGAGAAAUACCUAGAUAUUUUAGAUGUAUACCUGUAUCUGUAGCGAUCUAAAGCAAUAAAAUACUGGCACUGUGUCGAGAAAGCA